CAGGCGCUGCCCCGCCGCCCCGGGGAGCCCCGUUCUCUCCGUGUGGGAGAAGCGGCGUGGGACAUGCCAUACCGCUCCUCUGGCGUCCCGGCUGCGGGGUGUGACCCAAGCCUGGCGGGAAGCUCCCAGGUGUUGGUCAUGGCAAGAUUUCCCAGAGCAUCCCGGCGUGUCUUUCGAAUGCACACCUCUCUUCAGAAACAGUUUCAUAACUAUGAAAUUUAAAGUAUAAAGUUUGAGAGUGAGCCAGUUCUGCAAGUCAAAGAAGCUGGGAGCAGAAAAAAGCAAGAUGAAUGCAUCUGGAGGAAGCUGUGGGAGCCCUAGUUCUGCAGAACCUACAGGAGAUUUCUUCAAAGAACUGUGGUCCAAACUGAAAGAAUGUCAUGAUAAAGAAGUACAAGGCUUACAGCUGAAAAUAUCUAAGUUGAAAAAGGAAAGAUGCUUGGAUGCAGAGAGGCUUGAAGAGUUCUAUACCAAGAACCAACAGCUCAGAGAACAGCAAAAAGCACUUCAUGACACUAUCAAGGUUUUAGAAGACAGAUUAAGAGCGGGGUUAUGUGAUCGUUGUGCUGUAACCGAAGAACAUAUGAGAAAGAAGCAGCAAGAGUUUGAAAAUAUCCGGCAGCAGAAUCUCAAACUUAUUACUGAACUCAUGAAUGAAAAAAACAACUUGCAGGAUGAAAAUAAAAAGUUAACUGAAAAGUUCCAGCAGUUACAGAAGGAGCUAGAGGUGCAAAAGCAGCAAGUAGUGGAGGCAGAAGAAGGAGUCAUUCCAGAUUCUCCAGCUCAAGCAUCUUCAUUUUCUGUGGUUAAUCGUAUGAGAAGAAAAAAGGAGAAUAGGCAUAUCCGAUAUACAGAACAUACACCCCCAGAUGUGGAACUUAGGGAAGGCAACAGUGAGCUGGGAAAAAUUCCAUUCUUUUCCACACAAGUGAACACUCACCAUGGAGGAGAGAUACUAGUGGCAGAAACUUGUGAUCCACAACUGUCCCCUGUGCCAAAUAAACUAAGGGUGGGAGGAUACCCUGUUCCAAAGCCAUCUUUUAACUUGGCUGCAGUCGUCGCAGAAACAAUUGGACUUAGUGUUGAAGAGGAGUCUGAGUCCCAGAGUGUACUGAAUCUUCCCCUCACUAAUACAGUUAUGAGCCAGGCCUCAGAGGGCAUGCAGUCGGAAGACUCAAGAAAACAUCCAGCUUCCGAAUCAAGAAAUGAUGACAACAAUUUAGGUAUUUCAGAUCCAUCUCAUAACACUCCACCACAUGAUGACUGGGAUUCUCGGGUAGCUUCUCCUGUUUUUGGAGUUUCUAGCACCAUGAAGAACAACUCAAGUACAGUUCAUGCUCCUUGUAUUUUAGAUUCAGGAUUGAAGCCUCAUCUCAAAACCAACCUCUUCAACAAUCCAUCCAAUUCCAGAUCUCAUAAAAGUAGAUCAAAAUCUGAAGAUGUUGCUUUUGUUGCACCACUGAAUCUUGGGACAGAAAUCAGUUCAGUUAUCAGCCAGGCCGCUGUCCAUAGGCAAAUGGUUGUGAAAAAGAAUUCUAAUGAGGCUGUAACCUGUGCUGGAAACACCUGCACGGCUAAGAAUGAGGCUAUCAAGAGCGAUGUCCUUGUAUACCAGAAGCAGCUAGAAGGCAGGUGUGCUAAGAGAAAGAAAACGGAAGAUGAUGAUGCAGUUAGCUGUGAGAAAGCAUCAUUCAGCAAAGAGAACUCUGUGCCUUUUCGAUCCAGUGUUCAGGUUAAUGGGGAACAUGCAGGUGAUAAGCCCUUGGAUCUGUCUGAUCGCUUCUCUGGAGUUCGUGGUGAAGAGAAAAAACAAGGAGGUGAGGAGACAUACAAAAAUAGACUGAAGCAAGUGACUCUGCACGACAUCUUCUCACACGUUGGGAAGACCGUUCCUGAAGGUUCAUCAUCCAUUCAAAAUAACAACAAUGAGAGCUGUUUGUUUGGCAGAGAUUUGCAAGGGGAAUCCUAUGUACAAGAGGCAAUGCUAGGAAAAACCUUCCCUGACAGGAAAAAUCAGAUCCCAAUGAAAGAAGAAGUUCCUCCCUUCAAAUUUGCACCAUUGCCAGGUUCUGCAGAGACAGAGGAACUUUUUGAUGGUGUAAAGGUUGCCAGUGGCCAUGUACCAAAUAGAAAGAAAACAAGGACAGGACAUGGAGAGUCUGAACCAGCAUCUGUACUUCAGCCAAACCCUUGUAGACUAUCAAAAAGUAAAGCACAGCAAAACGAGCAAGACCUGAAAGAUAAACCCUCUUUAGAAAACUUCCAGUGGAGCAUAGACCCAGGAGCUGACCUUUCAGAGUACAAAAUGGACAUUACUGUGAUUGAUACAAAGGGUGGCUCUCAGACGAGAGUUGGAGGAGAAGUUGUUGAUAUGGAUUAUACAUAUGUUAGUGACAGUGUGCUAUUAGAAAUGAAAAAUCAAGAGCAAAAUCAGGAAAGCAGUCCACGAGGAGAAAUAACAGAUAUGUUUGAUCGGACGACUCAUGAAGAAUAUGAAUCCUGCCUACCAGAAGAUAAUCAUUCUGCAUGUGAUGAAAAAGAAACUCUUCAUGAUGAAGAGCAGGAUAAGGGAAUAACAGUAGCAAGCAAGAAACUGAAGAAACAUGAAGAUAAACAAGAUAAAGCCAAGCAGAAAGCUUUUGUGGAGCCUUAUUUCAAAAGUGAUGAGAGAAAGAAUACUGUGUUAGAUUUUCCUCAUAUUGAGGUUAUUCGAAAAAAAGAAGAAAGAAGAAAAUUGCUUGGCCACACUUGCAAGGAAUGUGAAAUAUAUUAUGCAGACAUUCCAGAAGAAGAGAGAGAGAAGAAACUAGCUUCCUGUUCAAGACACAGAUUUCGCUACAUUCCUCCAAAUACUCCUGAAAAUUUCUGGGAGGUUGGAUUUCCUUCCACCCAAACCUGUGUGGAAAGAGGCUACAUUAAAGAGGAUCUUGGUCCCUGUCAACGUCCAAAAAGGCGUCAGCCUUAUGCUGUAAUGUUUUCUCCAAAAGGCAAAGAGCAGAAGACAUAAAGGAUGGGGAAGUAAGGAGUGACAGCCUGAAGUGUAUCUUUCCUGUCCGUAGAUAUUUAUAGUUAAUGUAAACUUGAAAUAAAGAACUGUGUUUUCCACAAUGAUAGAUACAUGGUUUAAUUGAAUGUGUAAAUUUUAUAAAAUUCAUUUGCAAGUCUGCUGUACCAGGAAACAAAACUAUUUAAUGUAUGUUUGUUUCAUAUUGUGUUAAUACAUUUUGUAUUUGUUUUUGCACCUGCCAGACAAGUCUCCUACUUUUUUUUUUUUCUUUAAGGCCAGCAGCUGAAAUUCCAGCAAUUCCUGUGUAAACUUUGUGUCACUGAGUAACUGCUUUGAAGUCAUUGAAAUCAGUUGUUCUUGCAAGAGUAAAUGUCUGUCAAUGGGAACAGAAAUGACAAUUUUCUAGGGUGCUUUUAUUUUGCUCUGGAUUUUCUUGUAUUUCUUUUCUCAUGUUGCAAUAAUGGUUAUAUCUAUUUGGAAUAAAGCUGUAUUAAAUAUGAAAUGUAUCUACUAUUCA